AGAUGGCUUUGAAGUUGUGACACCUAUUGGGCCUGCAAAGGGCCAUCACGAACUUGUAGGUGCAUAUCUUGCCAUUGGAAACCUUCCUGAUUAUGUUUUGAUCAUCAAGCUGUAUAUGGUGAAAUAGUGGAGGAUUUAAAAAUAAUUGAGAGUGUUGGGAUAAAUGUUCCUGGCCAUGAUACUGUCAAGGGUUCACUUGUUUUUAUUACAGGAGACAACUUAGGAAGUCACACAUUAGAUGGUGAAUGCAAAACUUUUGAAAGGAGGACGGUUGAUUCGUACAGAAACUGUCUAACAAAAGUAAAAGUUAAUGCUGAAACGAAGGAAAUUACCCCCUAUCAUGGUAUUAAAUUUAAUUCUGUCUUCAAUGAUCAGCUAUACUACCACGGGUGCGUUCGCUUUAGGCGCUCACGCGCUGUAAGCGCUUAUAAGCAUUGCUUAUGCCGUUCGCUUUGGCGUUGUAAGCGCUCAGAGACGCAUUUAUGACGUCAGUGUAACGUCAUGACUCGUGCUCACAAAUGCUUAUUCUAUCCAGGUGAGGCAGCAAGAGCGUGAGCGCUUACAGCGAAAGUGUCCAAAACGAAUGCGUGCCGAACGCUGUGUUGCUGUAUCGGAUUGGGAAUUUUGAACACUAGGAACAUGAAUAAGAGACCAUCAAGGAAUAAGAGUAAGAUAGAUGGGAAGGAAAAUGAGUGUAAUAUAGAUACAAACAGUGUAAUGGACUUCAUAGAGAAACAAUAUUUAAUUGAUGGUGUACUAUACAAUAUCACAGAAACUCCUCAUAAUCACGAAAGACUUCGAAAAGAUCCUGAUUUUGCAUCACAAUACGUACAUCGUAAUGUUUUUGAUUUGAAAUCCUCACAAUCUGUCAUGGAAACUGAUAAUGAAAAUUUGGAUGACUAUAGUUAUACCGAUGAGACAUUACAGGAUAUUUCUAAUAAUGAUAUGGAAGUACAGGAGACACGGGAUAUUUCAAGUGAAGAAAUUGGAGUUUUUAAAUGGCCACAUGAAGCUAUUCUUCUAUUGCUAGAGGAAUAUAAUUUGAGACAAAAUGAUUUUGUAACGGGAAAAACAUCUCAAAAAAAAGUAUGGUCUUUAAUUGCGGACGAAAUGGUGAAGCAUGGACAUAAAGUUACAGGAGCACAAUGUUUAUCUAAAUUCUCUGGACUAAAACGAACUUAUAAAGCUGUUAAAGAUCACAAUAAUAAAUCCGGCAAUGGAACGCGAUCAUGGCCAUAUUUUUCUCAUAUGGAUACUUUACUAGGUUCAAAACCGUUUAUGUCUCCCGUGACUACUAUCUCGUCUACUGGUAAACGAACCCAAUCUGAUUCUAGUAUAUCCAGUGGAAAUAGCUGCUUGGACACAGCAAAUGAAAAGCCAAAGAAACUUCAGAAAACGUCUUACGCAGAAACAUUAAUGGAAGACUUAAAAGAAGAAAGAAAGAUAGCCGAAGAAGCUACUGAAAAAAGACACAAAGAAAACAUGGAAAUACGUUUGAGAUUUCUUGCUUCGUUGGAAAAAAUGGUUAGCAUUAUGGAAAAAAAGUAAUAUCGAUAUUCAUUAUCAAUGUGCUUAGUUUAUAUGGAUUAUUUAAUAGCAUAUCAAACAUUAAGUCUGUUUCUUUGAUUGGUGAAGAGUUUAUAAAUUUAUACUUGGAGAAGCAGAUUUAGUAUUUAAUACGUGUAUUGAAUCAGUAUAAACUAAGCCAAUGUCAUUAAUAUUGACUUUUUUUUACAUAUGCGAAAUUGUUAAUCCAUCCACUGAAGUUGUUUGCAGUUGAAAAGUGAGAUAUAGUUCAGAAUAAGAUAUUCUAUGAUACUUAAAAUUUAUUUUUAUUUAUUAUUCUGUGAUUUACAAUGUGAAAGGCAAAAUAACAUUGCAAGUACCUAUAAAUCGAUAUAAUCGAUGCUGAUAUUUAGAGUAACACAUGAUAUUAGAGAAAAACAUAAAAAUAUCAGUUGAUAAGCUGUAUUACAUGUUAAUCUCCUUGUUCUAAGAAAUUAAUAACAUUCGUGAAAAAUUUUAUUUUGUUAUUAGUUUCCAAAAUACUUUU